AGCUACUCAAUGUGGAGGAUUUGAUCCAGAGCACGAGUAUAUUUUGCCCAACAGAACCUCGGUGGGUUGCGUUAGCUCUUCUUCUCUACUUCAACCCUGUCCUGCUCAGACUCGCAACUUCGACCUUUGAUUCAAGCCCGGCCACCUUCCAUUGCCGGUGUCAUUCACGAUGAAGUUCCCCAAGUUCCAACCACGUCCAUUCCACCUCCGACUCCAGGGCGAAUCGUCAAUCUGGAUCAAUGAUGAUAUUCGACCACUUCCUCCUACCCGUCGGCUCUGGGAUACAUGGGCAUAUCUAUCAUUCUGGGCCAUCAAUCAAAUCGCACUCAGCAACUGGCAGAUCGGUGCGUCUUUGAUCGCAGUCGGUCUCUCCGUCUGGCAGACAAUGAUCGCCGUCAUUAUUGGAAAACUGAUCAUAGCUGGGGUCGCUAUAUGCAACGGAAUGGUCGGCGCCACAUGGCACAUUGGUUUUCCCGUUCUCUCGCGAGGCAUCUGGGGUGUAUGGGGGUCAUACAUUAUCAUUGUGCAGCGAAUCGUCCUCAGUCUGACGUGGUUCUGUGUCCAGUCCUGGACCGGCGGCCUCUGCGUGACUGCCGUGCUGAGCUCCAUCUUCUCAGGCUUCCAGCACAUGCAAAACACGCUGCCUGCGUCUGCAAACACCACGACAAAAUCAUUCACCGGAUGGAUCGUGUACAACAUCAUCACUAUUCCAAUGCUCUAUAUCCCCCCGGAGAAGACACGGAAACUCCUCUUUGUCAUGAAUCUCAUCUCGGUGGUAACGCUGAUUUCGAUGAUGAUUUAUGUUUUGUCGACCGCGAAAGGUGCUGGCCCUUUGCUCUCAGCCCCUGCCACUGCACAGUCCGGCAGCGAGCUGGGCUGGGCCAUCGUCCAGGGCAUCACGACCGUCAUCGGCGGCAUUGCUGUCGGCCUCACCAACCAAACCGACUAUUCCCGUUUUGCUCGCAGACCGGGCGAUCAGAUCUUCGGCCAGUGGUUUUCGAUCCUGACGCUGGGCACCAUCCUACCACUCUUCGGCUGUCUGACGAGUUCGGCGUCGAUCCAACUCUACGGGACAGCAUACUGGAAUCCGCCCGAUCUCCUCCUCCGCUGGCUUGACGAUGACUAUACCGCCAAAUCUCGUGCCGCGGCCUUCUUCGCCGGCUGCGGGCUCGUGGUCUGCCAGCUUGCCAUCAAUACCAUCGACAAUGCCUUCUCUGCAGGCAUGGACUUGGCGGGACUCUUUCCCAAGUACUUCAACAUUCGGCGAGGGGCAUAUCUGGCUCUUGUCCUCUCGAUCGCCAUGUGUCCAUGGGAACUGCUUGCUUCGGCCGGGGUCUUUAUCAGUGUCAUGGGAGCAUAUUCCGUAUUUCUUGGCCCCAUGUGCGGCAUCCAGAUUUGCGACUACUUUCUCAUUCGUCAACGACGUAUGAAACUGUCCGACCUCUACACGCCCUCGCACACAGGCAUCUACUACUACUUCCGAGGAGUCAAUCCGCGCGCCUUCGUCGCUUGGGUCUGCGGCUGGGCACCACAGUUGCCCGGGUUUAUCGCCGACGUCAGUCCCAGUGUGACCGUACCAAAGGCUUGCACGGACAUGUUCUACCUUGCCUUCCCAUUGGGUCUGGCCAUCAGCUUCACGAUUUACUAUGGGCUCAACAAGGUCUUCCCACCCAAAGGUCUGGGCGAGUACGAUGACAUCGACUACUUCGGCACCUUCAACAGUGAGGAGGCUGCGAACCUGGGCGUAUCGCUGCCUGAAGAGACCAUGGGCGAGGACAAGAACCGGGACUUCGACUUCAAGGUCAUGGACCAGGAGGUUGCGAAGCAGUAAAGACUAAGAGUAGUGACAUAUCAUGUCAAUUGAUCAUCCGCUCAUGCUGUGGGCCCUUGUAUACACACAGGCUGCACAUCGAAUCCAGAGCAUGAGUCAUGCAACAUCAACUCGUCUCAUUUUCUCUGUCAAAAUAUAUCGUGAUACCUACUCUAGACACUACUGUAGACUCGACAAGGA